AUGGCGUCCCUGCAAGGAAUCUUGGGUGCUGGCUGCAUUGCCAGGGUCUAUGAGGGGACUUUGAAUGGGCAGCCGGUUGCCAUCAAGAUCCGCCGCGAGAACGUGGAGGAGUUGAAGCUUUGCCAGGAAGCACUCGCCUCCAAUCCCUUAGAGUUCUUACAGCUGGACUUCCAGUUUCUAAGGUGCGCAGCCAGCCUCGCAGAGACACUUUGGCCAAACCUCAAGUGGCUGAUGCUGCAGAGUGCCCUCAAGGACUUUAAGCAUUACAUGCUGAGCCAAGUGGACUUGCGGCACGAGGCUUCCAACCUCAAUCGCUUCGCAGAGAAUUUCGGACACGGCAUCGCCCAGGUGCCCAGGGUGUUCGCUUCGAGCGAGAGGAUCCUGAUAAUGGAGCUGGUGCAGGGCCAGUCCUUAUCCUCUUUCCUACAGAAUGAGAAGGACCCAGAGCUCCGUCACAAGGUGUGGUCCAUCCUGUCCGACCAAGCAGCCAAGAUGGUUUUGGUGGACAACUUCCUGCAUGCCGACUUGCAUCCAGGCAACGUCUUGGUGACCAUGGAGAAAGGGCGCUUGGGUUCCAUGGCUCCGAAGCUCACCUUCAUUGAUGCUGGUAUGGCAUUGGAACUCCCGGAGCUCUUGGUGGACCAGCUGAAGUUAGCCAUGCACGGAGCGCUCAGCAAUGAUGCAGAUUUGCUGGGUCAGGCCUUGGUUGAUCUGCAUCGCGCAGAAGGCCUCUGUACGGACACCAGCCCAUCCCUUCCUCACCGCCUGGGGGUGCUUGGGCUGUGCUGCGUCUUCACAUGCGAUGAAGCCCUCUGGGGUCAGCUGUUUCAGACUCGUGCAGACUACAUGGGGGCGCGCACCCCGGAGUACUUCAAUCGGAUGGCGGCCAUCAUGACCGACCACGAAGUGCGAGUGAGCCCCGUGCUCUGGUCACUGCUGACGAGCUUCGCCCUCGUCGAAGGAUCACUCCAUGAGCUGGGCUUCAAGACCAAUGUCCUGCGCUCCUGUCUUCCCUACUUAAUGUCCCAACGCCUGGACAUCUUCCGCCGGGCUUGGGGAAGCUUCCGCUGCUCUGUUUCGGAAAUGUUGAAUGCAGGCCAGGUUCCACAGCAGGUGCUGGCCGUUUGA